AUCCGCUUAGAGUGGGUGCCUAACAAGUGGGGGUGUGUGCAUGUGUGUGCUGCAGCCGGUGGGAACCACGCUCACAAGGGCGCUUCUUGGCGUGCUCUUUCUGUGUAGCCAUGAAAGCUGAAGACGUAAAGCUUUCGGGCGGCAAGCCCAGCAGUGUCGUGCUUGCGGACAUACAGGCUGUGAAUGCGCUAAGUGCUGAGCAAUUCUCUCACCUCGUCGAAGCUACCUGCCGCACGUCUACGGUGUCAGCGCCGUCGUCGAGUGGCGACGCGAGCAGUAGACCUAGCAGCGAGACCCUGUCCCUCCUGCUGUCCGAGGCGUCGCGACAUGGCUUAGACGCUCCUCAGCUACGCCAGAGCCUGGAGAGCCUCGGUCUGGACAGUGCCCGUGCAGCCACCCUGGCCGAUCGCUGGCUGGCAUCAUCUGCUGCUGCGCCACAGGUGCGGCCCUGGCAGCUACGGGACGUGGAGUGGCGUUUCGGAGUCACAGUGGCCAGCUCGUCACAGGAGCCACGAGGCAGCUUUGUGCAGCUUCGUUUGGCUCUAGCGAAUGGACAGGACGUACAUGUUGAGAUGAACCUUGCUCAGUUCUACUCUUUGUGCCAUGAGAUGGAGCAGGCCAAGCUCACUCUGGAGGCCUUGCGUUGAGAUUCAUUCCACCGAAGCUUUACGAGUUGCAAUUUACGUGCUGUAGUUGUAACUGAUUGAAUUAUAUAAAUAAUAGCCAUUCGUCUUGUGCCCUGCUUGCAA